GACAACACAACAGCGAUGCUGCAGGAGUGGCUGAAGGCAGUGGGAAAGGACUAUCACUCUGUGGCCUGGAAGGUGCAGGAGGAACCCAGCUCCUACCCCGAUGAAAUUGGGCCCAAGCACUGGAGCUACAAACGCUACGAAAAUUUAAUGAGGUUGAAGCAGGAGGCUCUCACCUAUGCCCGGGAGCAGCAGGCAGACUACAUUCUGUUUGUGGACACUGACAGCAUCCUGACCAACAACCAGACCCUCAAGUUUCUCAUGGCACAAAACAAGUCGGUGGUGGCCCCCAUGCUGGACUCACAGACCUUCUACUCUAACUUCUGGUGUGGCAUCACACCACAGGGGUACUACCGCCGGACAGCUGACUACUUCCCCACCAAGAACCGGCAGCGAGUAGGCUGCUUCCCUGUCCCCGUGGUCUAUGCCACCUUCCUGAUCGACCUGCGGAAGGAGGAGACAUCACGAUUGGCUUUCUACCCACCCCAUCCCAACUACACCUGGGCCUUUGAUGAUAUCAUUGUCUUUGCCUACUCCUGCCAAGCAGCUGGCGCAGAGGUCCAUGUGUGCAAUCAGCAGCACUUCGGCUAUAUCAAUGUCCCCGUGAAGGCCCAUCAGAUGCUGGAAGAUGAUCAUGCUAACUUUGUGCAUCUCAUAUUGGAGGCCAUGGUGGAUGGUCCCCCCAUGCAGCGUUCCAGACACAUUUCCCAUCUCCCCAAGCCACUCACAAAAAUGGGCUUUGAUGAAAUCUUCCUUAUCAACCUGGUGCGGAGGCCAGACCGGCGCCAGCGUAUGCUGGCAUCCCUGCUGGAGCUGGAGAUUGCACCGCAGGUGGUGGAUGCUGUGGACGGGAGCACCCUGAACAGUAGCGACAUCAAAGUGCUGGGGGUGGACCUGCUUCCUGGGUACUAUGACCCCUUCUCUGGCCGCACACUCACCAAGGGUGAGGUUGGCUGUUUCCUGAGCCACUACAACAUCUGGAAAGAGAUUGUGUCCCGGGGCCUGGAGCGGUCGGUGGUCUUUGAGGAUGAUGUGCGCUUUGAGGCUGCCUUCCCAGCACGGCUGCAACGACUGAUGGAGAAGCUGGAGGAGGCACAGCGGGACUGGGACCUCAUCUACCUUGGGAGGAAGCAGGUGAAUGCAGAGGAUGAGGCACCUGUGGAGGGUGUGCAGAACCUGGUGGUGGCUGGCUACUCAUACUGGACGCUGGCUUAUGCCAUCUCCCACCGUGGGGCACAGAAGCUGCUGGCUGCCAAGCCCCUCUCCAAAAUGCUGCCAGUGGAUGAGUUCCUGCCCAUCAUGUAUGACAAACACCCCAAUGAAGAUUACAAGCAGCACUUCACCCCCCGGGACCUGCUGGUGUUUUCGGUUCGCCCUCUCCUGGUUUAUCCUACCCACUAUGCUGGGGACAGCAACUGGCUGAGUGACACCGAGACCUCCACCAUCUGGGACGAUGAUGCCAAGCAGACUGACUGGGCUGGCUCGCAGAAGACUCUGAGGGACUUGCGGGGCAGUGCUGGCCGCCUCCGCACCAUCACCAGGGAUGAGCUUUGA